GACUAAUUCCAUAGCAACACAGGGGGCACCAUGCAAAAGCGCAGCUCGUCCUUCCAGAAAAACCUUCGCCUCGUCGAGCCUAGGGUUUCUCCUCGCCGCCGCCGUCGUCUCGCCGCUCCGAUUCGCCUCCACGCCCAGAUUGCAGGCUCUACUUGGUGAGCCCUCGCACCGAUGGCGGAGGAAGCCAAUGGAAAGAAGGAGGAGGAGGAGUUCAGCACGGGCCCUCUGUCAGUGCUGAUGAUGAGCGUCAAGAACAAUACCCAGGUUCUUAUCAAUUGCCGGAACAACAAGAAGUUGCUUGGUCGCGUGAGGGCAUUUGAUCGGCAUUGCAACAUGGUUCUUGAGAAUGUUAGGGAGAUGUGGACUGAGGUACCCAAGACUGGUAAAGGCAAGAAGAAGGCUCUUCCAGUGAACAAAGACAGGUUCAUAAGCAAGAUGUUCCUCCGUGGGGAUUCAGUCGUCAUUGUUCUCAGGAACCCAAAGUGAGUUGGACAGUGUCUUGUACACGAGAAGGGUCUCUUUGCUACAUUGCUAUCUAGUCUGUAUGCCAAAUAUUCUAGACAUGGAAGUGUAAGAGACGAUUCUUGAGCCAGAAUUAGCCAUGUUCAUGGUUGAGUGUUGUAGUUGAAUGCUAUGAAAUUUACCUCUUGUUGCUGACUUGCACUGGUAGUUUCUGUUUGGAUCAUCUAUAUAUCGGCUGAAGACAAUUUUAAAA